AUGGGCGAAGGCGAUUCACGCGAGUUGGACAUCGUCCCUGCGAGAGACGCUCGCCUAGUCUUCCAGCUCCGGGUAAGAAACUCGGCCAGCAAGAACUCCCCCCACCGGUUAUCACGCACCAGCACCGCCGUCGGCGUCGCAGGAUACACGUGCGACGCGUACCGCUGGCCGAUGAUGGGCGCGGACCAGAUCUCGCUCAGCCUCAUGGUGCGGCAUAAGCUGCCAGCCUCGCACCCGGCGCUGGCGGGCGUCAGCGUGGCCGCCCACAUGGUUCUGCUCGACAGGGCCGGGUCGCCGGCGCCUUCGGUGGGGAAGGCCAGCGCCAUGGACGCCUCCGACUCUAUCAGCGGGGGCUGCUCGCUCAGGGCGACGAGGGAGGACGUCGAGAAGUUCUGCGUGGUGGACGACUACUUCGUCCUGCUCUGCUCCGUGGACAUCGUCACCACCAUGGGCGGGAAUAAACCUUCGUCGGCUCCAGCGCCACUCAACGAGGAGGAGCUCACGGAUUUAGGCCAUGGUCUGGCCACCAUGCUGGAUAACCUGGACCUCACCGAUGUGCGCUUCGACGUUGACGGGGAGAGCUUCAGCGCGCACCGCCUCGUGCUCGCCGCCCGGUCGCCGGUCUUCAGAGCAGAGCUCUACGGCCCCAUGGCCGAGAGCAAGAUGACGUCCAUCACAAUCCAUGACGUCAAGGCAUCCACGUUCAGAUACAUGCUACAUUACAUGUACCACGGUUCCUUGCCCAACUCUGACGAGAAGGGGGAGGACCCUCUCUCGGCGGUCGACCACCAGCAUCUCCUUGUAGCUGCCGACAGGUACGGGGUAGAGAGGCUAAAGGGCCUCUGCGAGCGGAAGCUGUGCGACGACUUCACCACCGUAGACACCGUGGUCUCGAUGCUGGCGCUAGCCGAGGAGCGCGCCUGCUCCAAGCUCAAAGUCAGGUGCUUUGAUUUCCUCGCCAAAGGUGAGAAUUUCAAGAUGGUUGGGACAACACCCGAGUACCUCCAUCUGAUGCAGAGCAUCCCGUCUCUGAUGCUCCAAGUGCGGAACAGGUUCAACUUUAACAUUGCACAUCCUGAUGUCAUCAUGAAUCCGCCUAGUACUGACUAG